AUGUCCAAAUUUCGUGCGCUGGAGUAUACUGUAAAAUGUCUUUCACAAAACAGAAGAUUCGCACAAUCUUUUGGUUACAAAGAUCUACGAUCAUCGAUCAUAAUGGCGCCCCAACCGCUGUCAAGUCUCGACCAACAUGCUGAGGACAAGGUUCCUCACGCUGAGGACAAGGUUCCUCACGCUGAGGAAAAGGUUCCUCACGCUGAGGACAAGGUUCCUCACGCUGAGGACAAGGUUCCUCACGCUGAGGACCAGGUUCCUCAAGCUGAGGAGAAGGUUCCUCACGCUGAGGACAAGGAUCCUCACGCUGAGGACAAGGUACAUCACGCUGAGGACAAGGUUCCUCAAGCUGAAGACAAGGUACCUCAGAUUGAGGACAAGGUACCUCACGCAAAGGACAAGGUUCCUCACGCUGAGGACAAGGCUCCUCACGCUUAGGACAAGGUUCCUCAAGCGGGGGACGAGGUUCCUCACGCUGAGCACAAGGUUCCUCAAGCUGAGGACAAGCUACCUGACACUGAGGAGAAGGUACCUCACAAUGAGGACAAGGUACCUCACCCUGAGGACAAAGUUACUCACGCUGAGGACAUGGUUCUUCAUGCUGAGGACAAGGUUCAUCAGGCUGAGGACAAGGUUCCUCACGCUGAGGACAAGGUUGCUCACGCUGAGGACAAGGUUUCUCACGCUGACGACAAGGUACCUCACGCUAAGGACAAAGUUCCUCACGCUGAGACCAAGGUUCCUCACGCCGAGGACAAGGUUCCUCACGGCUGAGGACAAGGUACAUCACGCUGAGGAGAAGGUUCCGCAAGCUGAGGACAAGGUACCUCACAUUGAGGACAAGGUACCUCACACUGAGGAAAAGGUUCCUCACGCUGAGGACAAGGUUCCUCACGCUGAGAACAAGGUUCCUCACGCUGAGCACAAGGUUCCUCACGCUGAGGACAAGGUGCCUCGCACUGAGGACAAGGUUCCUCACGCUGAGGAUAAGGUUCCUCAUGCUCAGGACAAGGUACCUCACACUGAGGACAAUGUGCCUCACACUGAGGACAAGGUUCCUUACGCUGAGGACAAGGUUCCUCACAUUGAGGACGAAGUUCCUCACGCGGAAGACAAGGCUCCUUACGCUGAGGGCAAGGUUCCUCACGCUGAGGACAAGGUUCCUCACAUUGAGGACGAGGUUCCUUACGCGGAAGGCAAGGCUCCUUACGCUGAGGGCAAGGUUCCUCACGCUGAGGAGAAGAUUCCUCACGCGGCGGACAAGGUUCCUUACGCUUAGGACAAGGUUCCUCAUGCUGAGGACAAGGUUCCUAACGCUGAGGACAAGGUUCCUCACGCUGAGGACAAGGUUCCUCACGCUGAGGACAAGGUACCUCACACUAAGGAAAAGGUUCCUCUCGUUGAGGGCAAGGCACCUCACACUGAGGACAAGCUUCCUCACUGAGGACAAUGUUCCUCACGUUGAGGAGAAGGUUCCUUACGCUGAGCACAAGGUUCCUCACGCUGAGGACAAGGUUCCUCACGCUUAGGACAAGGUAGCUCACACUUACGACAAGCUCCCUCACACUGAGGACAAGGUUCCUCACGCUGAGGACAAGGUUUCUCAAGCUGAGAGAAGGUUCCUCACGCUGAGGACAAGGAUCCUCACGCUGAGGACAAGGUACAUCACGCUGAGGACAAGGUUCCUCAAGCUGAGGACAAGGUACCUCAGAUUGAGGACAAGGUACCUCACGCAAAGGACAAGGUUCCUCACGCUGAGGACAAGGUUCCUCACGCUUAGGACAAGGUUCCUCAAGCGGGGGACGAGGUUCCUCACGCUGAGGACAAGGUUCCUCAAGCUGAGCACAAGCUACCUCACACUGAGGAGAAGGUACCUCACAAUGAGGACAAGGUACCUCACCCUGAGGACAAGGUUACUCACGCUGAGGACAUGGUUCUUCAUGCUGAGGACAAGGUACCUCACACUGAGGACCAGGUUCCUCACGCCGAGGACAAGGUACCUCACAUUGAGGACAAGGUACCACACACUGAGGACGAGGUUCCUCACGCUGAGGACAAGGUUCGUCACUCUGAGGACAAGGUUCUUCACGCUGCGGAGAAGGUUUCUUAUGCUGAGGACAAGGUACCUCACACUGAGGACAAGGUAGCUCACGCUGAGGACAAGGUACGUCACACGGAGGACAAGGUACCACACACAGAGGACAAGGUACCUCACACUGAGGACAAGGUUACUCACGCUGAGGACCAGGUUCUUCAUGCUGAGGAGAAGGUACCUCACACUGAGGACAAGGUUCCUCACGCUGAGGAAAAGGUUCCUCACGCUGAGGACAAGGUACCUCACACUGAGGACAAGGUUCCUCACGCCGAGGACAAGGUACCUCACAUUGAGGACAAGGUACCACACACUGAGGACGCGGUUCCUCACGCUGAGGACAAGGUUCCUCACGCUGAGGACAAGGUACCUCACACUAAGGAAAAGGUUCCUCUCGUUGAGGACAAGGCACCUCACACUGAGGACAAGCUUCCUCACACUGAGGACAAUGUUCCUCACCUUGAGGAGAAGGUUCCUUACGCUGAGCACAAGGUUCCUCACGCUGAGGACAAGGUUCCUCACGCUUAGGACAAGGUAGCUCACACUUACGACAAGCUCCCUCACACUGAGGACAAGGUUCCUCACGCUGAGGACAAGGUUCCUCAAGCUGAGGAGAAGGUUCCUCACGCUGAGGACAAGGAUCCUCACGCUGAGGACAAGGUUCCUCACACUGAGGACAAGGUUCCUCACGCUGAGGACAAGGUACCUCACACUGAGUUCAAGGUACCUCACACUGAGGACAAGGUUCCUCACGCUGAGGACAAGGUUCCUCACGCUGAGGACAAGGUUCCUCAUGGUGAGGACAAGAUUCCUCACGCUGAGGACAAGCUACCUCACACUGAGGACAAUGUACCUCACACUAAGGAAAAGGUUCCAUACGCUGAGGAAAAGGUUCCUCACGCUGAGGACAAGGUUCCUCACGCUGAGGACAAGAUUCUUCACGCUGAGGACAAGGUUCCUCAUGCUGAGGACAGGGUUCCUCACGCUGAGGAAAAGGUUCCUCACGCUGAGGACAAGGUUCCUCACGCUGAGGACAAGGUUCCUCACGCUGAGGACAAGGUUCCUCACGCUGAGGACAAGGUACCUCACACUAAGGAAAAGGUUCCUCUCGUUGAGGACAAGGCACCUCACACUGAGGACAAGCUUCCUCACACUGAGGACAAUGUUCCUCACCUUGAGGAGAAGGUUCCUUACGCUGAGCACAAGGUUCCUCACGCUGAGGACAAGGUUCCUCACGCUUAGGACAAGGUAGCUCACACUUACGACAAGCUCCCUCACACUGAGGACAAGGUUCCUCACGCUGAGGACAAGGUUCCUCAAGCUGAGGAGAAGGUUCCUCCCGCUGAGGACAAGGAUCCUCACGCUGAGGACAAGGUACAUCACGCUGAGGACAAGGUUCCUCAAGCUGAGGACAAGGUACCUCAGAUUGAGGAGAAGGUACCUCACGCAAAGGACAAGGUUCCUCACGCUGAGUACAAGGUUCCUCACGCUUAGGACAAGGUUCCUCAAGCGGGGGACGAGGUUCCUCACGCUGAGGACAAGGUUCCUCAAGCUGAGGACAAGCUACCUCACACUGAGGAGAAGGUACCUCACAAUGAGGACAAGGUACCUCACCCUGAGGACAAGGUUACUCACGCUGAGGACAUGGUUCUUCAUAAUAAUAAUAAUAAUAAUAAUAAUAAUAAUAAUAAUAAUAAUAAUAAUAAUAAUAGUCUUUAUUAAAAUACUCAGAUACAUCCGUCUGAGUUUACAAUCGAAAGGUAA